GGGGGCACUGGUACUGGCCUGUGGCUCUCCAGCUGUGGUGCACUACAGGACCCAUCCAGUCAUGCUGCUGGAGAACUACAGGUCCCAGCAUGAACUCUAAGCCUAGGCUGCUGGGGAACUACAGUCUCGGUGUGCAUUGCCUAAUAUAAGCCGCUGGAGAAACACAGGUCCCAGCACGCACUGCCAGCCGUAGUCUACUGUGGAACUACAGGUCCCAGCAUGCCUUGAAAGCCAUAAACUGAUGGGGGAUUUAAAGGGCCCAGAAUGCACUGCCAACCACAGGCUGCCGGAGAACUACAGAGGAGAUCGGAGAUGACCCUUCAGCCCUCCCGCCCCAGACGCAGGACCGCUCCCACUGGAGGAACUUGUCAGCUUUUUGGUUACUGGGGUUGUGCAAUAACUUUGCGUACGUUGUGAUGCUGAGUGCGGCGCACGACAUUCUACGCACUGAGACCAAUCAGACCUCAACUCACAAUGUGACAAACAGCAGCAAAUACGACUGUAACCAGAUCUCCACCGCUGCGGUCCUCCUGGCUGACAUUUUGCCCACCCUGGUCAUUAAAUUUACCGCUCCAUUCUACAUCCACCAGAUCCCAUACAAUUACAGAGUGUCUCUCUGCAUUCUUACAGCAGCCGCCAGCUUUCUGGUUGUGUCAUUCUCUACAAACAUCGCUCUGAGUCUGCUCGGUGUGGUAUUCGCCAGCGUGUCCUCGGGUCUGGGAGAGAUCACCUUCCUCAGCCUCACCGCUUUCUUCUACAGUGACGUGGUCUCCUGCUGGUCCUCCGGAACUGGUGGAGCUGGGAUUCUGGGCUCGCUCUCCUACCUGGGCCUCACGGCGGCUGGUCUUUCCCCACAGAACUCUCUGCUGAUCAUGCUGCUUAUCCCGGCCCUUCUCCUGAUAAGUUAUUUUAUUUUGCUGCUUCCCCCGUCCUCUCUCCCUCGCUGGAAGUUUCCCGACGGUCCUAGCGCCACCCGGAUGUCGGACCAGCGACCGCUUUUGCAGGACUCUCCACUGGGACUGACAGAGAGCGGCUCCCAUCUGACGCUAUCCCGGAAGUGGAAGAUCAUUAAGUCCCUCCUGAAGUACAUGCUUCCCCUGUGCAUUGUGUACUUCGCUGAAUACUUCAUUAACCAGGGUCUGUUUGAGUUGAUCUAUUUCCCAAACAUCAAGAUGAGCCACUCGGAGCAGUACCGAUGGUACCAGAUGCUGUACCAGGCCGGAGUGUUUGUGUCCCGUUCCUCCGUCCGAUGUAUCACCAUCAGGCAUAUCUGGGUUCUCUCUUGUCUCCAGUGUGGGAUCGCCACCUUCCUCCUUGUUGGGGUGUCCUAUCUCUUCCUCCCCAGUCUGACGCUGCCAGGCAUUUUCCUGAUCAUAAUAUUUGAGGGGCUUCUGGGGGGCGCAGCCUACGUCAACACGUUCAACAACAUCGCAGUGGAGAGCAAGCCGGAAGAGAAAGAGUUUGCAAUGGGAGUCGCCUGCGUAUCCGACACUUUUGGAAUAUCCCUCUCUGGGGCCAUCGCUAUACCGGUCCACAACUACUUCUGCGGGCUGUCAUGACGUUGGCCUUCCAGGCUGCCAAGGGUCCACAGUAGAAGCAUGCAACCUCUCCUUGGACAAGUGGAAGAUCGUCAGUUAGAUUAUCCUGGCACUGAGCACCGGCGUGCUGCCCACCUAUAUACAAGAGACUCUGGCACGGUUUCCCAUUAAAACACUGUCAGGUACCUGAUACCCAGGACCUCAUGUACAGAGCGCAGUGACUGAGUCCUGUCACCCGCCUGAGUUUUGCAUCAGCAGCUAGACGGUCUGCCCUGCGCACUUUAGGAAUUGCGCCUACUCUCCCCUCCUAGGAGCCUUUGCACAAAGUUGGAGAGCGUCUAGGGUUGGUUUAGCGUACUCUGUAGCCUGACUGAAUUAUUUUUAAUUAAUAUUCAUUUAUUAUAAUCUCCUUUUAAUGCAGCAAUGAGACUAAACGUCCUGACAAAAUCUUCUCCUACUGCGGCUCCGCUCUGUCAGCCCCGUACAUCGUCUGCCGGUAUUUUACUAAAGCUUCUAUUAAAAUGCUUUUACUUCUAUUCAGUUUGGAGUGCAGAUUCCGCUAAAAAGCCACCGUCCCACCCCUGUUUUCCUCACGCUGCCCCAGCAACGGUUCAUUGCCGCCCCCCAGCUGCCCCGCGAACGCCUCUACUUGUCAAUCAAUGCCUCAGCAGUCUUGUGAAGGAACAACGUGACGGUCGCUUCAGUCCUGUCCUGUAUGAUGUAGAUAUCAUUAUUUGUACAUAUUCUUGGUACAUGUGCAAAUGCUCAGCACCACUUCUCUUGUAGUUUAUGCAAUUCUCAGGCUCUUUUCUGUGGAUUGCACUGUACAACUCUUAUUCUAAGUGACUGAUGUGAUACUGUAUAUAUAGACAGCGGCACAGUACUACUUCUCUUCUUCUCCGCUGUGUAAAUCUCAUCUGUUUUUCAUUGUGUAUAUACGGAUGAUAACGUUCUCCGCUGCUCCGGAUUUGUGUACUUUGGUGUUUUUAUUCUGUAUAUAUGAACAAUUACAUAGUGUGAUGUUUCUAUUGUGUGUUCCCUGACAAUCUCAGUCUGUGUGGAUAGACCAAUAAAUUUCGACACAUUCACAAAACUGA